ACGAGCCCGGCAGUCGCGGCUCGGCGCUCCUGGGCGUGUGGGGAUCGCAGCGCCGGGCCCGGGUGGCGGGACAUGAGCAGGCCGGGAACUCGCCGCCGCCGUUAGCCCGCUGCUGCCGCCCAGCCCUGCGCCAGCGCUAAGAUGGCGUCCAUGCUGCUACAGACCUGCGGCCGGCGUGCUUGCCGCCUGCCCCGAGCGCUGCGCCGCCAGCCACAACUGGGGAACCUGGGAGACCGGGCGUGUCUGAGCUGUACAUCCCUGAGGCUGGCAAACAAAAUGACUGUACACAUUAAAUACUGCACUAGUGUCCCUCCUGUUUACACCUACUCCAAAAAAACUCGCUACUGUUGUUGGACUAAAGGAUCUCAACAAACCCAUUUUACUCUCAUCAGCUCUCCUGCCUCAUGGACACCACUAUCAACCAUGGGUGUUUUAGGUCCCCACUAUCUUCCAGUUAGAUGGUGGCAUUCUUCACGUCCCCUUCAAGAUGACUCCAUAGUUGAAAAGUCACUGAAGUCCUUAAAGGACAAAAACAAGAAGCUGGAAGAAGGUGGUCCUGUAUAUAGCCCGACAGAAGUGGAAGUUGUAAAGAAGUCUCUUGGGCAGAGGAUUGUGGAUGAACUGAAGCACUAUUACCACGGCUUUCGGUUGCUGUGGAUUGACACAAAGAUAGCUGCCAGAAUGCUCUGGAGGAUACUGCAUGGAAACACUUUGUCUCGUCGAGAGCGGAGACAGUUUCUUCGAAUAUGUGCCGACCUUUUCCGCUUGGUCCCUUUCCUUGUUUUUCUUGUUGUCCCUUUUAUGGAAUUUUUGCUUCCAGUAGCUCUUAAGUUGUUCCCUAAUAUGCUUCCCUCUACGUUUGAGACAAAGUCUAAGAAGGAGGAAAGAUUGAAGAAAGAAUUGAGAGUAAAGCUUGAACUGGCCAAAUUCCUUCAAGACACCAUCGAGGAGAUGGCCUUGAAAAACAAAGCAGCCAAAGGAAAUGUUACAAAAGACUUUUCAAUGUUCUUUCAAAAGAUCAGGGAAACAGGUGAACGACCCAGUAAUGAGGAGAUCCUGAGGUUCUCCAAACUCUUUGAAGAUGAGUUGACUCUGGAUAAUCUAACCAGACCUCAGUUGGUGGCACUUUGUAAACUGUUGGAACUUCAGUCCAUUGGGACAAACAAUUUUCUCCGCUUCCAGCUGACCAUGAGGUUGAGAAGCAUAAAAGCAGAUGACAAAAUGAUUGCUGAAGAAGGAGUGGACAGCCUGACCGUGAAAGAACUGCAGGCAGCCUGUCGUGCCCGAGGAAUGAGAGCUCUUGGUGUGACAGAGGAGCGUCUCAAGGAGCAGCUCAAACAGUGGUUAGAUCUGCACCUGAACCAGGAAAUCCCAACAUCAUUGCUUAUUUUAUCCAGAGCCAUGUAUCUGCCAGAUACCCUUUCUCCAGCUGAUCAGCUUAAAACAACACUUCAGACCCUACCAGAGAGUGCUGCCAAAGAGGCUCAAGUCAAAGUGGCAGAAGUUGAAGGUGAAAAAAUAGACAACAAAGCACGUCUGGAAGCGACACUUCAGGAAGAAGAAGCCAUCAGGAAAGAAAAUGAAGAGAAAGAGAUGGAAAGAUUGUCUGAAGCUGCAGAGAAAGCCAAAGAAACCCUUCAGGUUGCAGCAGUGAAAGAGGUGGAUCCAGCAGUAGAUCUUGAAGCAGCUGCUCUGCAAGUUAAGAAGAGCCCAGUGGCUAUGGCUCCUGAACAAGAGCUGGCAAGGGCAGAGCUGGCAAUGCACUCAGAAACCUUGAAGGAUACAGCACCGGUGCUGGAAGGUGUGAAGGGUGAGGAGAUCACUAAGGAGGAGAUCGACAUGCUGAGUGAUGCUUGCACCAAGCUGCAGGAACAGAAGAAAUCACUAACAAAGGAAAAGGAGGAGCUCGAGGAACUGAAGGGUGAUGUUCAAGAGUACAAUGAGGAUUUGCAAGAGAUAAAAGAACUCUCUAAAGCUGGCCAGGAAGAGGCUGUGGAGGAGUCAAAGGCAAGCAAGCGACUGACCAAGAGAGUGAACCGAAUGAUUGGUCAGAUAGACAAAAUCAUUAAUGAACUGGAGACUAACCAAAAGACAGUGGAUGUGAAGCUGGACAGUGGGGCCAGUGCUCCUGCUGGAAUGUGCUUCCUCUCCAGGGAGAAUCUCAUCAGCAUCACUGAGCUCAUUAAUGCCAUGAAGCAAAUCCAGAAGAUUCCAGAGGAGAAGCUAACCAGGAUUGCAGAGGCACUGGAUGAAAACAAGGAUGGCAAAAUCGAUAUAGAUAAUGUUGUAAAGGUAGUAGAACUGAUUGACAAAGAAGAUAUUGAUAUUGGCACCAGUCAGGUUGCUGAGAUUAUGGCACUGCUUCAAAAAGAAGAAAAACUGGAAGAAAAGGAGAAAGCAAAGGAAAAACAUGAUAAAGAAGCUGCAGAAGCAAAGAACUAAGCUUCAGAAUCUGAAGCUGAUCCCAACUGUAACCAAAACCUUGUCUAUCUCUCUGUGUCUAAUGGCUACAUAUGACUUGGGCUUUAUGAUUUAUGGGAAGUGUUUUGAGCUGAUUCUAGUAAUAAAUCCUAGCUCUGUUUUCUGACUUAUGGAAUGAAAUUUCUGCUCAUCAGAGAAGUGAGUUACUGUCAUUCCAUACAGAUGAAAACAAACCCUGCUUCUUUUAGCAGUGCUCCUGCCCACGGAAUCAUCUAUUUGUGCUCAUUGUGGUACAGUGACCCAUUACACUUGCAAGUUUGCUGUAUAAAUUAAGUGUAGCUAUCAUGGAAAAAAAAAUGUUUCCCAUUUCUUUUCUUUCAGCAUUACAUGGGGCCCAACCUUGCUCUGCUUCUACCUGUUUUUUUCCCCCUAAGGUUUUUCAGAAUGGAAUACAAACUUUCCCUUCAAUAUUACAUAUUUUGUAAGCUGUUAGUGGAGAUAAUGUGGCUUCAGAAGUAGCUUGCUGAGGUUUAUUUAAGCUAAAUAUCACUAUGCUGUUGCCUCACUGACAGAGAAUGUGGCAUUCUAAUCACUUUUCUAGAUUCAUAAGGAUUCAUUUUUUUUCUAUUGAAAGAAAAAUAAAAACAUCUACUUUUUUUCCCUAGAAUGGAAACUUCUCAUGAAGUUUGCUUCUUAUGGGUGCCUUAAAUUUCUUAAGACUAGGGAGUAGAGGGUGUUGCUCUUACUCACAAUUCCAUGAGUUAGGAAAGCGUUGGAAUCACAGGAGCCUUUCAAAUGGUUUCAGGCAGGAAAAGGAGUUGAAGUGUCUGUCUAAAUAGCAGAAAGGGGAAAUGUCAGUUGUGAUCUCUUUCCAUGUAGUCAUUACAAAUGAAUUCUCUUCACAUGUCUGAUGAUUUUCAUCUGAUGAUUGCUUACUCCAUAAUUAGUUCUCUUGCCUCUCCGUUUUCAUCUCAGGUUCAAAAUCACUGAGCAGAUGUAGUCAAAGGACAUCAAUAAUUGGAUCUCACGGUGCAGUCAGUGAGUCAUGGCUAGUGGUGCCAACGCUUCAACUGCAUCAGUAAUUGCUUGUAGUUACUGUCUUUAGCUGUCUGAUCAAACACUGACAGUAGGGCAUGGAAUCACAGAAUGGUUUUGGCUGGAAAAGCCUGUUAAUAUCAUCCAGUCCAACCAUUCUCUCUAACUCUACCAAGGCUGGUGCUAAACUGUGGCCCUCAGCACCACAUCUGCCUCUCUGAAGCACCUCCAGGGAUGGGGAUUCAACCACUUCCCUGGGCAGCCUGUUCCAGUCUUUGAGAACCCUUUCAGGGAAGAAGAUUCUUCUAAUCUCCAAGCUAAACUUGCCCUGGUGCAACUUGAGGCCAUUUUCUCUUGUCCUUUCAUUUGUCACUAGGGAGAAGAGACCAACCCCCACCUGCCUCCUCCAACCUUCCUUUCAGGAAGUUAUGGAGAGCAAUGAGGGCUCCCUUCAGCCUCUUCUUCUCCAGGCUGAACAACCCCAAUUCCCUCAUCUGCUUCACACAAGACCUGUCCUCCAGACCCCAAAAGCUCAACAUUUACUAAUACCCGUCCUUGGUAGUAAAUUUUUCAGUUUAAACCCCAAAAUACCAACUUUGAGCUGUCCCCAUAAUUCCUAGUAGUCUGAAUUUUCCUCUCUUCCUUAAAAUCUGCUAUGAAAUAUACACAGUGUCAGUUGAACCAGCAGGGUAGUGGUUUGGGUUUCUCUUUUUGACCUUUAUCCCUGAACCUUCUUGAUUUUUUUUGUGCAGAAACAAUGGCACUGUACACAGUGAUCCUGAGGUGGGCAGUCAGUACUUGAUGCUUUUAGUCACAGUUGCUUGUUUUGGUAGAACAUGUUGACUCCCAAGCAUAUUUCAGCAGGAUUCCAUGUUCAGUAUUUAUUUAGAUUGGUUAAAUUAUUUGUACAAAAAAAAACCCCCACAACUUUAUUUGAAUUUAGUGGAACAAAACCCAAAAAACCAAACCCCAGACCCAAUGUUUUGAUAGUCUCAUGGCUUGCAUGAUGGACCAUUGUACUUAGUUGUUGUUUCUAAAGCAAGAUGUACAGUACCAUGAAUUCUAGAGAAGGGGUCAGUGUUUAGUUCAAGUGUUGAGUUCUUGUUCUGUGUAGUUUGCAUAGAGCAAAGCAACUGACAGUGAAUCAGAUCCUCCUGUAGCUGAGGUGGGAAGUUGCUGUGACACAGCUGGAGUUGCCCAGCAGCUUUGGGGUUGCCAUAUCCCUAAAGAGAGGGCUGUUCAGAGAAUCUUGCUUUGGGUUGGAAGGGACCUCCAAAGGUCAUCUAGUCCAAUCCCCCUGCUGUCAUCAGGGACAUCUCUACUAGAUCAGGUUGCUUGAAUAUCUCCAAGGAUGGGGCCUCAACUGCCUCCCUGGACAACCUCUUCCAGUGUUCCAUCACCCUCAUGGUGCAGAACAUGUUCCUAACAUCCAAUCUACAUCUCUAAUUUCAAACCAUUGCCCCUCACCCUGUCACUGCAGGCCUUUGGAAACAUUCCCUCUCCAAUCAUGAAGGUUAGAAAAGGCCUUUUAGAUCAAGUUCUUCCUUCUCUUUCUUCCUGUUCUCUUCCUUCCAACUGAGAUUAACUGAAGACAUUUCAGCAUGGAAGUCACCUUGUAGCUUUUUGAAGGCAGGACUUUUGAGGCCAAGCCUUAGGUGAAAAAUUGCAGAGUAAAACUCAUUUCACCAACAUACACUUGUUAAAUUUACACUUCUACUUCAGAACUAAUGGGCUUUGAAGUAGACUGAAUUUUGCAGGUGCAUGUCUUCAACCUGAAAGCAAGGUCUUAAGGAAGGAAAAAAUGCUUGACAUUGCUGAAUUAAAGACACUCUAAAAUUGUCUGCUACCUGUCAUGGAAUCUGAAACAGCCAAGAAUUGUCUGCACUUGAAGGCGUGCAAGUUUAAACCAGGGAAGGAGCAGAAAAAGCUGUUCUCAGAUAGUUGUUAAUUAAAAUUCUACAAAGCUUUACCUCUCCUUACAGUAAAUUAUCUGAUUGUACUAUUGGAGACUUAAGGCAUUACCACAGAGUCCUAGAAUGGUUUGGGUUGGAAGGGACCUUCACGACCGACUAGUUCCAGCUCCCCUGCAGGGAUGCCUCCCACUAGAGCAGCUUGCUCAAGGCCCUAUCCGUCCUGUCUUUGAACACUGCCAGGCUUGGAGCCUCCACAGCCUCCCUGGGCAACCUUUUCCAGUGCCUCACCAUGUGUAGGGAAGAAUUUCUUCCUCAUGGCUCAUGUCAAUCUAAAACCUAAACUUUGCUGCUGUUCUUUUUCUGCGAUCUCUCUUCACUUAAUUUUUCUGUGGAUUAAACAAGGAGGGAGUCAAAACAGCUGCUUCUUUGCCGUUUUUUUAUUUAAAUGGAGAAUGUUCUGAUCAGAAUGGUUGUGAUACCUUUUACUGAGCAUUUUGAGGCUUUUGGGUUUGUUUGAAAUUUGGAGUGUUAUGAAAUGGCACCAGGUGAGGUGAAGCAUUUCAUGAACACAAACUGGAGAUGAGGAAGAACUUCUUCCUAGUGAGGGUGGUGAAACACUGGAGCAGGUUGCCCAGGGGGGUUGUGGAUGCUCCCUCCCUGGAGGCUAGAUGAGGCCUUGAGCAAGCUGGGCUAGUGGAAGGUGUCCCUGCCCAUGGCAAGGGGUUGGAACUGAUGAUCUUGAAGGUCUCUUCCAACCCAAGCCACUCCAUGAAAUGUCCAUCACAAAGAUCAUUCUGAGCCUGGCAUUCAACCAGAGCAAUGAAGGAGAGUUCUGAUGUUGAAAGCAGACAAAGCCAUAACAGCUGGACUUGAACUUUCAACACCUAUUUUCCAAGCUUAAAAGCCUUCAGAAGCCCUCAGUGAUUCCCAUUUCCUUUUGAACCUUCCUGAGCAGCUCUUUCCAGGUGAUACAUGCAGCUCCAGCAAAUAGGUGACUUGGCUUCAGAUAACGCUUUGCUGUCUUUUGUGUUGACCAAAAACCCCUAAAGCUGCAGGACUUUCUGAGAAAGGAUGGCUUGGAGUGUACAGUAGCAGCUCAGAACUUCUUCCUGAGUGAGGAUUGCAGCAGAAGAUGUAAAUAUUUGUUUAAAUAACUCAAAGGCCAUGGGAGAUUUUGGUGAGCUGGUGACUUACACAGGCAAAGCCUCUAAGCUCAGAGUCAGGUCAUGGUCAGGUAGGGUUGUAGAUUCCAGUCAGAGCAGGUUGAUGAUUCUAAACUAUUCACAGGGAAGGGAAAAUAUCAAAAGCUUUCAACAAAAUCUAUUUACCAACAGGGAAGAGACGUAAAGCAGGAUGUCAUUUCUUUUCCCCCUUCAAAACAAGCAGGUUGCAGGAUCUCUGUGAUGGGAAAAACCUGGCUUCCAGUUCAUAUUAGCUCAAAAAACAAACAUGUUUGUUUUUCUACUGAGAUUCCUGUCCCUGGCAAUAAACCUGCCUACAAAUUAAGAACCAGGACACUGAUUUCAGAGGUGGUUUGUCAGCAGGGCUGCAGGCAGGUGGAGAACCUUCUCUUGGCAGGAGACUACCUUCCAGCCAGGCUUGGUCUGCUGGCAAGAGCGAACAUCUUUUCUACAGCUCCAAAAUCCUUGUAACUUUCUAUGUCCAAACCUUGCUGACUACUGAACCUUGAGCUGCUUCAGCACGUACUGCAACACUUUUCAGUCGUUUCUAUCAAAUGAUUGGGUAUAUUUAAUUACAAAUAAAGAUUCUUUGUAUGGAUCCCAGGUUUUUGCUUUUUGCACUCGGAAGAAUUUCAGCCCAGGUUGUGAAAUUUCAGUUGAAAAUCCUGUGUCUGUGCUCUGAGCAUACUGGUCCUGUGUUUGCCAUCGCCCAGUAUCAAGUUUUUAAGUUAAUUGGAGCUUUGUGUCCUUUGUUUAGUUCUAAUAAAAGUGUCAUUUUGAAACCUCA